AGUAAGCGUCCUUUCACACCGGAAGUGUAUCAGUUCGGGGGAAAAAACUCAUUUAUGAACACGAAAUUCAUAAUAUAGAAACAAAGUUCCAGUUUUUCAUAGCAUAACAAAUGUUCCGCUUUAUAAUCCACACCAAAAAACACACACCAAGCGAAGACAAAAGUUUUCAUCUUGGAAUACUCGCAAAGCAACGAAACUGGCCCCUCCACUUCCUGUCACCAUGCCUGCUCUGCAGGACAGACCGAAGCUGUCCAACGCCAUGGCCAGAGCCCUCCACAAGCACAUUAUGAGAGAAAGAGAUCGCAAAAGACAGGAGGAGGAAGAGGUGGACAAGAUGAUGGAGCAGAAGAUGAAAGAGGAGGAAGAGCGAAAGAGAACAAAAGAGAUAGAGGAGAGGAUGUCACUGGAGGAGACGAAAGAACAGGCGAUGAAGAUGGGGGAGAAGCUGCAGGGACUGCAGGAGGAGAAGCAUCAGCUCUUCCUCCAGCUGAAGAAGGUCCUGCACGAGGAGGAGAAGAGGCGCAGGAAGGAGCAGAGUGACAUCACAACACUGACGUCAGCCAGCUACCAGUCCAGUCUAACCAUGCACACAGGACAGCAUCUCCUGAACAUCCAAGGCAGUCCAGUCAGUCACAACAGGCCCGGGGCUCUCAUGUCGGAGCGCAGUAAGCAGUUGUUUCCAACACCUGUCAUCCCGAGUGACCGUUUCACUCUCCUCGCCCCACAGGGCCGCCACUACCAGAGCCAGUCUGGAUUCAGUGCGGGCCUGGCAGAGCACGGCCAGUUCGGUGGCAGUCAGUCAGUCCACGAGAGCUACAGCGUGGCCCAGACACAGCACCCCUCCAGCUACGCCCCCAGCCCCUCUGUACCCGUCAGCUUCGCCAAUAGCUCCCAGAUCAGAGGUGUGUCUGCGUUCCAGGCCAUGCAGUACCUUCCUCAACAGCCUGGCUACGCUGUUCACAGUCACUUCACCUCCCAGCAAGGAUUCAUCCCUGGUGCUGGAAUACCCCUUCAGAAGCAGUUGGAACAUGCCAACCAACAGUCUGGCUUCACUGACGGGGGUGCUAUGAGACCCAUGCACCCCCAAUCCCUCCAUGCAUCUGUUGCUGGCCUGCUGCCCACCCCUUCCUUGCCUGUCCAGAUCCCCACUCCAAAGGCACCUUUCCAGAGCUCUCCCCAAAUGGCUCCCCGCCAUGCCUUCCUCCCCCAUGCCCAGAGUUCACAGAGGUUCUAUCACCACAGCAAGUAACCAUGGUUACCUGCCUAAACUAUCUCCCCUGGGAGUUCUUAUCGUUCAGAUUUCAUUGGCUCACUCAAGAUUUGAGAAGACUGGAAUUAUGUCAUAGUAAACUUGGAUUAUGAUGGUUGAUUGUAGUAAAGCCCAAACCCACAGGCUUGACUUUAAUAUUUAUUGUAUCGUUCAUUUUAUUACUGCUGAAUUACUUUAGUUUUAGUGGCCUAAAUGUUCUAGGAAACUUCUCCUGAAACUGUAUAGUGUUUUACUUUUUGAUUUUAUGUUUGGAUCUUUUACCUCGGAAACUGUCCUCCAAAACAAAAACAAAAAAAAUCACAAUUUAACAAUUUGUCUUUAAUUUUGUUUGGGGUGGGAGACGUUCUGCACAGUUUGGACUUCUUUGUGAAUACAAUAAAGCAAAAAACAUGCCAUAACUUUCUCAUGAGUUUGUACAAAGUAAUAAUGGGUCAACUACAUGGUGCCUCUCCCUAUAGGUGACCCAGUGUGUCUACUAGCUAGCUACCUGCUCUGUUGGCAGCCUCUAAGGGUCUUUGCCAAGUUCUUUGCUGAAAGGUCAUGUACGUGGUCUCAAUCAGAUACUUGUGAAAGACUGAAAUUAAACACUGGAAUUGG